AUGGUCUUCUUCGUAUGCGAAGGCUGCAAUGAGACGGUCAAGAAGAACAAGGUGGACAUGCACGCGAGUCGCUGUCGCAACUGCUGGGCCGUGAGCUGCGUAGACUGCAGCGUCGUGUUUGAAGGCAACGACUACGCUGCACAUACAAGUUGCGUGUCCGAGGCGGAGAAGUAUGAAAAGAGUCUAUUCACAGGCAACACGCCCAAGCAGCAGCACAACACGAAACAGACGCCACAGGAGCGGUGGAUGGAGAUCGUGCAGUCAAUGACUUGUCCAGAGGAUCGCCGUGUGCAAAACGUCUUGACGCGCGUCGCUGGCUACGACAACGUGCCUCGGAAGAAGUACAAGUUUGUCAACUUUGUCGAGAAUAGCUUGGACCUGUACAGCUCGAAGCUCGUUGAAAAGGUGUGGACUAUGUACGAGACGGCGCUUGCUGCCAGUGCAGUUGGACAGGACGAUGCAAGUGCUAGUGGUCCAGUAGCUCAAGAGCUUGACGGCAAGAAGCGGCUUGCUGAAGCGGCACAUGACGACACCGUCGUGAAAAAAAGAAAGACCGAGGGCAAGAAGCGGCUUGCUGAAGUAGCACGUGACGACACCGUCGUGAAAAAAGGAAAGACCGAAGGCAAGAAGCGGCUUGCUGAAGUGGCACGUGACGACACCGUCGUAAAAGAAGGGAAGACUGUCAACAAGAAGUCCAUGAAGUGGAGCGAUUUGGUGAGAGGUGCGCUGAAAAGCGCGGGUGGAGAGCUGGAGCUGAAAACCCUGGUCGACCAGGUGCUGCAACAGAUUCGGGACAAGAAGUUGUCGAUGAAGAGCGACAAGAGACUAAAGAAGGAGGUGAACGCUGCUAUCAAGGAGAGCGACAAGGUUGUGCAGGUCCAAGUCGUCCGUCUGAAACAAUGA